UAUUCACUCCUCACACUAUAUUAAUCUCUUUAUUGAUCAUGGUUUCUUCUGAUUUGUGAUUAGUGACUCGAAAAACAAAACAAACUUCUAAUGACUGUAUUGUUUACGCGGCAGGUGGACAUGUGUCACGUGGGGUCGCAGUACGCCGAAAAAUAACAACAUGUACGUCCGCAUAAGUGCCCCCUCGCAUUCUAAUAAGCUAGUCCCCCCUCAAAAAACUCGGCCGAAACAUUGCGAUGCAUUGAAUCGAGAUACAAAAAAACAAGCUGCCGCUUCGCGUUGCGCGUCACGCGAGCGCAUUCAAACAGGAGUCGGUGUUACUCGCGCGUUUUUUAUACUGUUGCGUCGGUAAUAACAGCAGCACACACUGACUGAAGACAAGCAGCGUCUCGCGGCUCCGAGCGGAGGAAUAUCAACAGCGCGUGCUGUGCGUUUGUUUGUAGCGCUUUUUUAAAACCACUGACUUGUAAACACGAGAAACUUUGCAUCCGCGAGGGACAUACAUUCACUUAUUUUGAUUCUCUCAUACUUGGACUCUCCUCUCCCAAACAAACACGGACAUCAACUGAAAGUUUCCCCUCAGGGAUGAGGCUUGGUAUGGCCAUUGCUCAUAGCGCAGCAGGAGUACUCUGAAAACCAAGGCGAAAGUGGUAUUAAGUCAUGAUGCAGGAGUCGGCCAAUGAGACAAUAAGCAACAGUUCAAUGAGUCAAAAUGGAAUGAGCAGCCUAAGCAGCCAAUUAGAUGCUGGCAGUAGAGAUGGAAGAUCAAGUGGGGAGACGAGCGGUGAAGUAAGCGCAGUCGAGCUGCUGCAUCUGCAACAACAGCAGGCCCUACAAGCAGCGAGGCAAUUACUCCUACAGCAACCAGGCAGUGGCCUGAAAUCUCCAAAGAACAACGACAAACAGCGUCCGUUGCAGGUGCCAGUAUCUGUGGCAAUGAUGAGUCCACAGGUGAUCACACCCCAACAGAUGCAGCAGAUCCUUCAACAGCAGGUCCUGUCCCCCCAGCAACUCCAAGCCCUCCUACAACAACAACAGGCAGUCAUGCUUCAGCAGCAACACCUGCAGGAGUUUUAUAAGAAACAACAGGAACAACUCCAUCUACAGCUUUUACAGCAACAGCACCCUGGCAAACAAGUGAAAGAGCAACAGCAGCAACAGCAGCAGUUGGCAGCACAGCAGCUGGUCUUCCAGCAGCAGCUCUUGCAAAUGCAGCAACUGCAGCAGCAGCAGCACCUGCUCAACAUGCAGAGGCAGGGCCUCCUCUCUCUGCCCCCUGGCCCAGGACAGCCCACCCUCCCCGGACAGACUCUGCCGCCAGCUGGUCUGAGCCCCGCCGAACUCCAGCAACUUUGGAAAGACGUCACCAAUAGCCACGCCAUGGAGGACAAUGGGCUAAAACACAGCGGCUUGGACUUGAGCACCACCAACAACUCGUCCACUACCUCCACCAGCAACCCCAAAGCAUCUCCGCCCAUCACCCAUCACGGCAUCUCCAACGGCCAGUCCCCAGCCCUCAACAACCGGAGAGAGAGUUCACUGCAUGAAGAGACUGGAGCGUCACAUUCCCUCUAUGGGCAUGGAGUGUGCAAGUGGCCAGGAUGUGAAAGUAUUUGUGAUGACUUUGGACAGUUUUUGAAGCACCUUAACAAUGAGCACGCUCUGGACGACAGGAGUACCGCCCAGUGCCGAGUACAGAUGCAGGUGGUACAACAGCUAGAGAUUCAGCUUUCUAAAGAACGUGAGCGUCUUCAGGCGAUGAUGGCACACUUGCACAUGAGGCCUUCAGAGCCCAAACCAUCACCAAAACCGCUGAAUCUCGUUUCCAGCGUCACAAUGUCAAAGAACCUCCCAUCUGUCUCACCCCCCAACUUACCUCAGACGCCGACCACGCCCACCGCUCCAGUCACGCCCCUUUCCCAGAUGCCCCAGGUGCCCAACGUUCUCAGUCCAGCCAACGUGCCCAGCAUGGGCGCCAUGCGCAGACGCCACACCGACAAAUACUCCAUGCCCUUGUCCUCAGAGAUCGCCCCAAACUACGAGUUUUACAAGAACGCUGACGUCAGGCCACCGUUUACUUAUGCAACCCUCAUCAGGCAGGCUAUCAUGGAGUCAGGUGACAUGCAGCUAACGCUCAACGAAAUCUACAGCUGGUUCACGCGCACCUUCGCUUACUUCAGACGCAACGCCGCCACCUGGAAGAACGCAGUGCGACACAACCUCAGUCUGCACAAGUGUUUUGUCCGGGUGGAGAACGUGAAGGGUGCCGUGUGGACCGUGGAUGAAAUGGAAUAUCAGAAACGUAGAUCUCAGAAGAUAACAGGGAGCCCAACGCUGGUCAAGAACUUGCCAUCCAGUCUGGGUUAUGGGGCGGCUCUCAAUGCCAGCUUACAGGCUGCGUUGGCGGAGACCUCUUUGCCGUUGCUGGGUAAUCCAGGCUUGAUGAAUAGCGCGUCAGGUAUGAUGGGGGCGAGUCCUCAUGGACUGAUGAGCGGCAGCCCGACCGGCCUAUUGCAGGGUGCCACGCACGAAGAUCUCAACGGCACACUAGAUCACCUGGACACUAACGGACACAGCAGUCCCGGAUACUCCCCGCAGACCCAACUAUCAGGAGUUUUAGCACUGAACUUGCAGUGGCAUCCAAUACACGUCAAGGAGGAGCCACUGAACAUGGACGACGAGGACUGUCCGAUGUCAUUGGUGACCACAGCCAAUCACAGUCCUGAGCUGGAUGAUGACCGGGAGCUUGAGGAGGGCAACCUAUCGGAGGACCUGGAAUGACUAUUUUGCCCCACCCCUCUGCAGUGGUUCUGCCCCUUUCAGGCCCCGCCCCUCAACUAACACACAACCACCGCAAAAGCAAAAAGACUGGACGCAGCAGGCGGGAGUAUUUAUUUAGCAUGCAUCUGGAGACUGGCCCGAAGAAAAUCUAUACCGCAGAUCUUUAGGGACCACAGAUGGACAGACAUGAGACGUCUGCUUUUUAAAAACAAACAUAAAAGGACAAGACUUCGUUCGAAAUCAGCUUGGCCACCUCACACAACAAACACGAGGCUCAUGGACCGAAAAAGAUAGAAGCGAAACGGGAGCGAGUCCGUUCUGUAGAAAGCCAACGGCCACAUAUACUGCCAAAAAAAAAAAAAAGAAGUUUUAAGUUUGUGAAUAUCCAAGCCACAGUAGUCGUCGGUGUUAGAUGCAAUUGCUGGUUCAAUUCAAGUUGUUGCUCUGUUAUUUUUUGCACAUGAGUAGUAUCAAAAUUUAGUGUCACUGCCUGUAUGUCGACAAAAUGUAAAAAAAAAAAAAAAGAAAGAAAAAAAUUGUUGUUUUUUUGUUUUUUCCAUUGUUGUCAUUUUGUUCCUCCUGCUUAUGUUCGUUCCAAGUCAUGUUUGCGGCACCACCAACUGUAAAUGGCAUUUCCUAAAGUCACGUCAACAACACAACCGUGGUAUCAAGACUGUUGCGGCCGUCCAAAAACAAGUACACAAAAAAAAAGUAGGUCUCGAGUCUCACUAGCUCGUGAAAUGUGAUUCAGGUGCAACUCGACCGCUGAGAGGAAAAACACGCAAGAAAAAGAUGCGUUUCUGCAUAUUCUUCUAGUCUCUUUACCUCCUUGUUCUAAAGCUUUGUCUACCUGCAAAGAGUCACAGGCAACAGCUAGAAACCAAAGCCAACACUAUCAACGGCCAAUAGCUUAGACAGAAGCCGCCAGACUCUUUGGUCAGUCUUCUGUGACUUUAACUAGUACAAAGAGAAUUUGUUUUUUUGUUUUUUUUUUCACUAACUACCUUCGAAUAACCUCUGGGAUUGUCUCCUUCAGCCCUGUACAAAGAUAAAGAUGUAAUUUGAUCGCUCUGGCCUCGUCAUGAGGUCCAGAGAGCAGCUAUAAAUGGAUCAUGACCAAAAUAACUAUGUGGAAGUGCAGAAAAAAAAAAAAAGUUUUGUUUUUUUUUAUUUACUUUUGUAUUCCUCUUAUUAUUAUUUGCGUAAGCCAUCUUGUCAUCGUUUUUACUAGUGAAAUGUACUGUUCAUUGUGACUGUCCAGCGUGUCAUGUCUUAUAUCCGUCAGUUUCUUCAGAGCCGAAACCGAAAAUAUAAUAACCAAACUUUAAGAUAUCUAGUGAAGCCAAAAAAGUCAUGAUUUCAAGUCGAUGUGAAAUGAUGUGGCUUGGUUAUAUUGUAAAAGCAAAUAACAGAGCCAUGACAGGAAGUUGCUCCAUUGAUUCAGACUCAUUGUAUAAUUCAUGGCUAUACAGACACACCUAGUGUUGGAUCAUGGGAAGGUUUGUGGUUAGACCGUAAGUAGCAACCAGUUAUUUGAGGUGAAACGAGAAGCGAUCGCCCGCUUUCAUUCGGACGUUGCUGAUGUCAUCGAGGAAAAGCGGUUGUUGCUUUAAAGUUAAACGUUUUUUUGUUUUUUUUUGUCAGUCAAACCAAAGUUAUACAGAUUUCUGCCUCUUCUUAUACAGCAGAUGGAGAUGAAAAUAACGCAAAGCCUGUUUCCUUUUCCUCUUUCACUUUCUUUGAUUGUUCUCUAAUGCAGAAAACCCAUUUGAAACGGAUAACUGCUUUGUGUUGUAACCGAUAAUGUCAAAGUUUGUAUCUGUCUGUGUGAAACAUACUGUGCAGUUGUUCCCGUUUCGUGCCAAACCGAGGGGUUGGCUGCUAGUUUAGCACACACACGAAUAAUAAGACACCCGAGCUGGAUCCAGGAACAAAGCGUAUCCCUUAUCCUUUGCUGAAGUCAGCAAAUUGACUUGAAGAUGACAUUCAUAAUAAUUUUAUGGCACCAAAUAAAAGGACGCAGCGUCUUUGAAUAAGAAGAUACAAAAAGGGUUCUCCCACUUAUCCAAAAAAGGCUUCUACCUCUUCACAACAUGAAAAAAUGGCAGAUUGCACGAGUCGUUAGAACGCCACCGACACAUUUUUCCGCCUAAUUCACGCAGGACUUCGCCAAAAGCGCCAGUUUACAUUCCCAAAGGCAGAUGUGGAAGGUUUGCAUUGAACUAGUUUGUCCUCAGACAUUUGUAGAAUGAAUAUGUAAAAAUACAUGUAAGGGGAUAUUGUGUUAUUAAAAAAAAUGCAUGUCUAAAUUCAUUUGGUGGACUGGAAAUAAGAAUUAAUUAACACAUAUAAUAAAGCGUCAGGAUGAUGAUGAUGAUGAUGAUGAUGUUGAUGGACUAAGUGUGCAUACCUCAGCUAUUCUGUUCCCGGGGGGAGAUAAUGAUGAUGAUGAUGGACAAAAGAAACUCUCAGCCACAGAAUGCAUAUUUCCUGUAGAGUUUGCAUGGGUUUUGUAAAAACAUUUUAAAAAAAUGUCUAAAAUAGUUGCUUGCACAUAAUACCAGAAGAACCUCCAGAUCGGCAAUCUCCUCCAAUAGAUUUUAGGAUUGUCUGGGUUUUUUUCUGGGAUGAUUUUGUCUGUAUUUUGAUAAUUGUGCAUAUUAUGUAAAAAGAUACAAAAAAAAAAAAUGUUGGUGGACCCAUGAAUUUACCAAACAUUUUUUUCUAAGCUAAAAAGCUAAGUGUUUUUUUUUUUUCUUUCCUGAAUUUCAUGAAUUUUUACUGUUCUCUCAUUGCUUGCUAAGAAUAGCAAACCUGCUUUUCCUGCAUCUGCGUUGCGUAGCUGUAAGGCUUUUCCUAAUGUGUGUAUUUAUUGCUUGUACCUCUGUGCAUACGUUCUGAAGCAUUACGUCUGGCAGUUGAGUCAUGUAUCCUUUCUAAUAACUAUCAUUCUCCGGGAAUAUGAUCCCCUAUGUAUACAGUAAAUUGGAACUGUAGCAAAAAACAAAACACAAAAAAAAAAAACAUGUUUAUGUAAUUGGUUGUUUUUGCCUUUCAGUUUGGUUUGGUUUCCUUCCAAUUGAGACUCUUUUUUGAUACUUUUCAUUACCGUGUACUGUGUCCAUAUGUUACGGAUUUCUGCGAGAGUAGAGGUCACGAUUGAGAACUGUAACGGCCGUUAUUAUUUUCUGUAUUCAUGGCUUUUCACUGCUGAAUAAAAUAAAGGACCAAAACUAGGA